CCUCGCGAGAGCCUGCUGCUUGGUGCGCGCCAUUCGGCUCUUCUAGCCGACCGUUUUGUUGCAACACUGAACACGGUUUGAUUUAUAUCACAUACAUUUAGAUAUACCAGCCGAUAAAAAUGCGUCGCUUUGCGACGUUGAACGAGCAGGCACAGUCCACUGCGUCAACUUCGUCGUCGACCCGGUCCGUGUGUGCACGGAUAUGCAGCAAUAGGCGUCGUGCAUCAAUUCAGCCGUUAGGCACUGUCGCCCUUGGCCGUCGCAGCGGCGUCGCUUGCCGCUCAGGAGUCGCGGUGCAAGCAGCGGCGGUGGUUCAGGAGGAGUAUGACGUUGUUAUUCCCAAGUUCCCAGCCCCAGCAGCUGGCGCGUUCCUGCCGGAUAAGCGCUCGUUCCGUGAGGAGCACAGGAUCCGCGGCUACGAGGUCAGCCCGGACCAGCGUGCCACCAUCGUUACUGUCGCCAACCUAUUGCAGGAGGUCGCUGGCAACCACGCCGUGGGCAUGUGGGGCCGCACUGACGAGGGGUUUGCCAGCCUGCCCAGCAUGAAGGACCUGCUGUUCGUCAUGACACGCCUGCAAGUGCGCAUGUACGAGUACCCCAAGUGGGGCGACGUGGUUGCUGUGGAGACGUACUUCACGGAGGAGGGGCGGCUGGCGUUCCGGCGUGAGUGGAAGCUCAUGGACGUGGCCACCGGCAAGCUGCUGGGCGCGGGCACCAGCACCUGGGUCACCAUCAACACGGCCACUCGCCGGCUGUCGAAGCUGCCGGAGGACGUGCGCAAGCGCUUCCUGCGCUUCGCGCCGCCCAGCAGCGUCCACAUCCUGCCCCCUGAGGAGACCAAGAAGAAGCUGCAGGACAUGGAGCUGCCCGGCCAGGUCCAGUCUGCUCAGCAGGUGGCUCGGCGCGCGGACAUGGACAUGAACGGCCACAUCAACAACGUGACCUACCUGGCCUGGACGCUGGAGAGCCUGCCGGAGCGGGUCAUGAGCGGCGGGUACAAGAUGCAGGAGAUUGAGCUGGACUUCAAGGCCGAGUGCACGGCUGGCAACGCCAUUGAGGCGCACUGCAACCCCCUGGACGAUCACUCCGCGUCCUUCGUGGGACCCGCGCCCGCCAACGGCAACGGCAACGGCCACGCAGCCGAGCCCGCCGCCGACUCCGCACCGCUGUACUUCCUCAGCAUGCUGCAAAAGUGUGACGAGAACGGGUGUACGGAGCUGGUGCGGGCGCGCACGACAUGGAGCCGUACGCUGGAGGGCGCCAAGCCGGCACCGCCGCCGCUGUCGGAGCUGUCUGCGGCUCAGUGAGGAAGUGUGUGAGGUUGUGUGCGGCGUGAGGACGUGUGCGUAUUGUGAGUGCGGCAGGUGUGCUUUAGUUGGAUGGUUGUGAGCGGUCGCCGCUUGUGCAAUCAGUGGUGGCCUGGGGAUAAAGGGCGGAUAGUGAGCACGGGCCGCUGGUGAGCUGUCAUCUGGCCAAGGAACCGCAAGGGGUUGAGAAGCAAGGCAUGGGGCCCAUGGAAGCGGUCGCAAUUUUGAGAACUUUUGAACGCGGUCACCUAUAGCAGCAGCAGGUUUAGGUUUGGUAAGCGAUGGACGGUUGUGGGCUGCGGCUGGAGUGCAUGAGGUGGUCGGCGCGAACAUGCGCAGCGGUGCUGGUUGCGUUGCAUGCAUUUUUCGUGUGGGCAGUGUGUUGGCAACCUCCAGACCCGAGCAUGUGUCCGUGUGUUGGGCUGGUGACACGUGUCUUUCGCUUCGACGCCCUGGCUGCGUAAGCAGGAGAGGGCAGCAGCUUUCGUUUGAGGAGGAGGGAUUGCACAGCGACACGUUUGAGAGCCAGGAGGUCAUUCGGUGAGCAUUGCAACUCCCACUCCUGGCUGCGCGUUUGCAUGCUGGCAAUCAUCAGGUGUUUCAUUGGCAAUUUGUAUUGGUUUAUUAGGGCUCGCAGCUCGUAACAAUUACUUAUGUUCGGUGCGGUUUCAGUGGAUAUGCUGACGCGUCGACCGGAAGAGCGAGUGCACGCCCGAUGCGCGGGGGUCAAAGACGAGAGAAAGGAUGCAAAUGGCGUUUAGGCUGCUGCCAGCAGUCCCGCCAACGGCACUGACCACUGCGCGGGGCACGAAGAAAUGGUUCCUAGAGUGAGUGCUGAGUAGAGUUCGUGGCUGUGAUGGAGAUGGGUCGUGGGUCAUGUAUGAGGGCUGCGAGUUGCGGCGUGCACACGCACAGGGCACGGUUGACGGCAGCUAGACCGUGCACGGUGCGCCUACAUCAGGAGACUGGGGAUGAGUGAGGUGCAGGCAGGCAUCAGCAUUGCAAGCCGGUAAUGCUGACGUAUGUAACAUUGCACCCUGUAACGAUUUAGCGGG